AGGUUCCGCUGCGCACGCAGCGCGGCUUGCUGCGGCGCUGUCCGUGAGGAGGAAGGCGGCGGCGGCGGGGGCAGGGGAGGCGGGAGGGUGGGGGGGGGAACGAGGAGAGGCCCGGCUGCCGGGGCCGCGCCGCUCCCUCCGGGAGGGCGGAGACGGCAGCCUGGCAGGGGCCGAGUGUCCCCCGCGGUGGGGAGGGGAUAGCGGAGCGGACCCGGAGGACAUGGAGGGCGAAGGAGCGCCUUCAUGGCGGGGUCCCGGCGGCGGCGUGGUCCGCGAGCUCUGCCGCUCCUUCGGCCACUACAACCGGCACCUGGCGCGGCUGCAGCACAACCUGCGCGAGACCAGGAAGUUCUUCCGCGACGUCAAGUACUCCCAGGGCCACCCCUUCGCCGCCGUCGGCGAGGGCCUCCCCGCCGGGGAUGGGGCCCCCCGCGACGGCCCCGCGCCGAGCGGGCAGAACUUCAUUUCCUUCCCUCGCCAUGAGGAAGAGCAUCUCCAGCGGACUGUGAGCUGGCACCCUUGCCUUCUGGUUCUUGGCCAGAACUGUAAUGCCAAAUGCCAGUUACUCAACAUGCUCCUGGGUGAGAAGCUGCUCCCUACUACCAAGAUCAGCAGCGAGGAGAAUUGUAAGAGGCGACGGAUCCGUUUUACACAUGGGAUGCAAACACGGGUUAGUCUAGCGCUGCCUGAGCAGUAUGAACUGGUCCAUAUGAUGGCAGCCCACCGAGGGCAGUGGGACACUAUACCGGAGGAGGACUUAGAAAUUCGUGGGGACAGUGAAGAUCCUGCUCACCGGAUAGCGGAGCUGGAGGUCAUGCUGCCAUACUCGCUUCUAAAGGAAGUGGAUGUUGUGGUAGCACCAUGUCGUGGGUUCCAGUCUGCCGAAGCCACCUUGGGAGAAUAUGUGAACCAUGUCUUGCCUGUUGUCAUCUUUGCCAUCAGUGAGGCUGAACUUUCUCCAUCAGAUGAGAAUGAACUGCGCGAAAUCAAAGAGAAAUUCUCUUUGCCCAUUUUCUUCUUCAAAGUGCCAGAGUCAGGGGCUGAGCUGAUCUCUCCCAAAAAAACUGAUAAUGAAAAGUCCUCUCUUUACUGCCAGCUGAUGGACUUGGAGUACCUGAGUACCAGCCACUGCAGCUGCGGGGCUCCCGGUCCUGAUGCCAAUGCUCAAAGCAUGCUGGUGGAGCAGUUUGAGAAGCUCCGUCUUCUAAGCACUUUUUCCAGGCAGGUGCUUCAGAAGCAUCUUGUGGAAGCAGCCACCAGUUUAAAUGAGGUGCACUGCCGCUGCUUGAACAUCUUCAUCAAUCAGGCUUUUGACAUGCAGCGAGACCUGCAAAUCACCCCCAAGCGGCUGGAGUAUACCCGCAGGAAGGAGAAUGAGCUCUAUGAGUCUCUGAUGAACAUUGCCAACCGUAAACAAGAGGAGAUGAAGGACAUGAUUGUAGACACUCUUAAUAAUAUGAAAGAGGAGCUCCUGGAAGAUGCUGCUACUAUGGAAUUCAAAGACAUCAUAAUUCCUGAGAAUGGGGAACCUGUUAGUUCCAAGGACAUAAAGUGUUGUAUUAAACAAAUCCAGGAACUGAUUAUUUCCCAAUUAAACCAAGCAGUUGCCAACAAGUUAAUUAGUUCAGUGGACUAUCUGCGAGAGAGCUUUGUAGGGACGCUGGAGAGAUGUCUGAAGAGCCUGGAGGAGUCUUGGGAUGUUUCGGUACAUACUGCAAGGAGUUUGGAGAAGUCAAAGGAUGCUUCUGUACACAUCACAAGCAAUUAUCUCAAACAGAUACUAAAUGCAGCCUAUCAUGUUGAAGUCACUUUUCACUCUGGCUCAACGGUAACCAGGAUGCUGUGGGAACAGAUCAAACAGAUAAUCCAGCGGAUUACGUGGGUCAGCCCACCUGCCAUCACCAGUGACUGGAAAAGGAAAGUUGCUCAAGAUGCUAUUGAGAGCCUCAGUGCUUCCAAGUUAGCCAAGAGCAUUUGCAGCCAAUUCCGGACCAGGCUAAACAGUUCCCAUGAGGCUUUUGCAGCUUCUCUACGACAGUUAGAAGAUGGCCAUUCUGGCAGGCUGGAGAGAACGGAAGACCUGUGGCUGAAGGUGCGGAAAGAUCACGCUCCUCGGCUAGCACGUCUCUCGCUGGAGAGCAGGUCCCUCCAGGAUGUGCUCUUACAUGGCAAGCCAAAGUUGGGCCGUGAGCUGGGCCGAGGACAGUAUGGCGUGGUGUAUCUGUGUGACAGCUGGGGAGGGCAUUUCCCAUGUGCACUGAAAUCUGUUGUUCCUCCAGAUGAGAAACACUGGAAUGACCUUGCACUUGAGUUUCACUAUAUGAGGUCUCUACAGACACAUGAGCGGCUAGUACAUCUCCAUGGUUCUGUAAUAGAUUAUGGCUAUGGAGGAGGUUCCAGCAUUGCUGUCCUAUUGAUAAUGGAACGGUUGCACAGAGACCUCUAUACAGGACUAAAGGCUGGGCUAGAAUUAGAAACACGAUUACAGAUUGCCUUGGAUGUGGUUGAAGGAAUCCGUUAUCUUCACAGUCAGGGACUUGUGCACCGGGAUAUCAAACUUAAAAAUGUCUUGCUUGACAAAAAGAAUCGAGGCAAAAUCACUGACUUGGGGUUCUGUAAACCGGAAGCCAUGAUGUCUGGCAGUAUUGUGGGCACACCCAUUCACAUGGCUCCUGAGCUCUUUACAGGAAAGUACGAUAACUCAGUGGAUGUUUAUGCAUUUGGUAUUCUGUUUUGGUACAUUUGUUCGGGACAUGUAAAGUUACCAGAAGCGUUUGAGAGAUGUGCGAGCAAAGACCACCUUUGGAACAAUGUUAGAAGAGGAGUUCGCCCAGAGCGUCUUCCAGUGUUUGAUGAGGAAUGCUGGCAGCUGAUGGAAGCUUGCUGGGAUGGAGACUCCUCCCAGCGCCCUCUCUUGGGGAUUGUUCAACCUAUGCUGCAGGGGAUCAUGGACAGGCUCUGCAAGUCAAGCUCUGAGCACCCAAAUAAAGGGUUGGAUGACUCUACUUGAAAAGGAAGCACAGAAGAAUUUAAUUGUGAGAGAAUUCUGAACCCCGAACUCUGCAGAUGGCUUCUUCAGAUGUAGCUCUUUGUGGCUAACAUGAGUGGGACAGGUAAUAGCAACCCAAAGAUUGCUCAUAGAGGUGAGACCCCAGGGACGUUCCAUCUUGAGUAGCAGGCAGGGAAGUCUCCCCUGGUAUACCCCAUUGAUGCUAGUUACCCUGCUGCAGCUUUUAUUAGAGUUGAGCAAAUAAGAUAGAAAAUCCAUGCCCUUGGACUGAAAGGGAUUUUUGCCAAUCCCACAAACUCCAAUCAAAGAAAAGCAUCUUGUGUUUCAGGUAGCAUCUGAGUUGCCAGGAGUUGAUCCUGACAGUCUUUACUCAGUGGUUGAAACAAAAGCUCUCUUCCCAUUAACUGGCGGUCCUGGGUGGCCUUCAGUCCACACACAGCUAUCCCAAUCACUUAUAGAUUGGCACCAGUUAUAGUGCAGUGGGAGAGGAAAGAGAAAGCAGAGGCCUUAGGCUAGAAGGGGUUAGAGAAUAGGAGUGUCUAUUUGUAUUAGCUUCUUGCAACACUCAAAAUGUUUACAUUGACAGGAGCAAAGCUUCCAUGUUUUACCUAAGGGGGAAUUAUCCACUGUUCCAUUGCAGUGAAAAUACCCUGAGUUAUAAGCUAUUUAGCUCUUAUGUAUCCUUCACCUCUCACUUCUGUAAACAAGCUCUUUUCUGGUAAUUCUGCUUCAUAAUAGUUGCUAGAAGUCUGACCAAACUUGACCUUUACUACAGUAUUCUGGUAAAACGGUAAGACUGCUCAGAGAUUGCACUGUAAUACAGAAACAUAAAGUCAUUACCAUGGGGAAAAAGCCAAUUAAUUUUAAUUAAAUCUGGUUUUCGAAUUAGUUGUAAAGGCAAUGACAAUUUUAAAUUGUGCUAACUAUUGACAGACAGUUUUAAAAAUAAGGUUUCUUCAGUUUUUUUUUAAAGUCACAUGCUUGGUGAGAGCAUACUUGAGGGAAAACAGGCCAUUCUUCAGUAGCUGUGUAUUGUGGCUGUGUCUGUUCAUCCAGUUGCUUCACUUUGGGAUCUCUAUUUUGGUUGCAUUGAAAAGAAUAAAAAUAGGGGUGGGAGGGAGGCAAAUCCUUUCCUAAGGAAGGCAUAGGUUGGGAUGCUCCUGGUGCCCUUAUGAAGAGGGCUCCUUCUGAAAACACCCUUGCCCCUUGUCUUUUGCAUUUCUGGGGCAAGGUUGAUCUUAAUGUAACAUACCAAUGGGGUGGAGGUUGAAAUAGAAAAUGCACCUUGUUUAAUACAUGAGGAAAUACUGAGUUGGCAAGUUUCUCCCUGGGUUUGCUGCUCCUCCCAGCUGUGGGGGAUGGGCAGGAAAGCUAGCAUGCUGUGUCCAAAAUUGUGCAGGCAUGUGGAAUUACUGCACCUUGCUGCUGGAAUUUAUUGGCUGGUGCACAGCAAAAUUACAACCAAUAGUCUGCCUGUUGAACAGCUUGAACAAAGGAAAGGGAUAAAUAACCCUGCAGUGUUAGCUUAGCUUAAAUCUUCCUUUCUUUGUGCAAUAAACUGAAUGCUUUUAAAAAAACAAACCCUUUUUUAUUUACCUGCACAUGUGGGCAUUUUUCUGGCCUGUGAUGGCAUUAACAGUAUAGUUGUAUACAGAUAGUAGCGUCUCCAACUACUCCAGCUGAAAGUGCAGCAACUGCAAACCACAUGCACAGAAGAACGAAUACUUUUCCAAAGUAGAAUUGUUAGGUGUUUCACUGCCUUGGUGUGUACAUUCAUGCCACCAAUGAUAUUAACAGUAUUAACUCUUGUUACUGUGUGUGGUGGCUAUGAACCUUAUUUAAAACUGGGAGAGUCAAGGUCAGUCUCUUGCAAUUAACAGUUUGUGUAAAUAAUGUGUAUGAAUAAAAUUUAAAUCUCUGUAUAUGCAAUUCCAGAAAUGUCUUGUAUAGCUUUUCCUGUGUAGCUAUUUCCAGACACUUAUCUGGUGCCUUUUUAAUGUUGUAUGUAGCUACCUUGAUGUCUUUCUGUUUGGUUUGUCUUUUUGCAUGUGCAGCAUCUUAGACCUCCAGGUUUUCCCCAGCUUAGUACAGCUACUUCUCUGCAUUUUUUUUUUUCUGUUGGGUAUAAAGUCUUUCUGACUAGACUUGUUUUGAGAGAUUUCACGCUCCCUGUUUAUCUUUAAAACUAGUGGGGGUUCUUCCUCAUUAGAGCAAGGAAAACAAGGUGAAUAAAUUAUAACUUUAUUAAAAGAUUCCACAAACUGUAACCACAGACAUCUGUAUGGAGUUAUAUGGCAAGAUUGUAAAGCAUAACUCAUAUGUUAACCUUGUGCAGUUGGACUGAGUAGCUAUUCUUUGUUGAAAUGAGGCUACUUUUGUAACCUUAAUCUACUGAAGAUGUUUAUUACAGUACACUUUAAUAUUAGGUUUUUAAGAAGGUACCCAUAUCUUAUGCAUUAUACAGCUUACCAAGUGUAAUCAGGUACUGGACUAGCUUCUGUUGUGUAAGGACACACAUCAGCGAGUGCUGUUACAGUAGUGUCAUGUAUUAUCACUUAAACAGCACAAGCUAAAUCACUUUUGCUGAGGCUGACUUCUGUGAACACUGACAAAUAAAUCCUCUCCCCCCUCCCUUCCUGUAGACCCAUCCCUUUGGAAGAUGCCUGGGUGGAGUUCAGGCCUACAAUGAUUUGAAAAAAGCUUUGUUUACAAAGGUUCCUGUGAGGUUUACAUGCUGCCACUGCUCAAGUGGCUGUAGCUGGUGCUUUGAUAGAAGAGUCUCUAGAUGAUGCAUAGGAAGCAGAAGAUACAGCUGCAAGGUUAAAUUAUAGACUUGAAAGGUGCUAGUAAGUUACUGUGCAGUUGGGAUUUAUCCCCUGUCCAGCUUUAAGCCAGCCACUCCUCUGCUAUACCCUUUCCUUGCAAACACUACAUUUAGCAUUUUACCCAGCUUGUCUCACUCUCUAAAUCCAGUGAUGAUAAAUUGUGAGGAUGCCAAAGCUCUCCAGACUGUGCCGUACUGUUGUUGCUCACUGUAUCUUGCUGCCAAAUGAGAAGUGUAUCUGGACCUGCAGGACACUUUGAAUGGGCGGGCUGGAGGACCAAAUGCUUACCUGAAUUCAGAGGAUUUUAUUAAUUACACUAAAUGGCUUGCUCAUCUUCUGCCUGGAAAGCAGACAUCAAGGUUACCUGUAAGGGGGGCUGGAGGGUGGUUGGCUCUUCCCUUCUAUCCCCCCCCAGGAGCUGGCAAAGACCCUUGUGCCGUUGCAGUGCCAGCACAGGGCGGGCAGCUGCUCCUACAGCCAACCGCAUUCUUCGGUCCUGCUAAUUUUAGCUUAAAGAAGUUGCACAAAGUAACUUUUUGUAGGUAGUGCUGCCCCUUUUCAGGGGAAAACAGAAGUGUAUCUAUGUUACCCCCCCCCCCCCCCCCAAGGGUCUUAAAGUAGCACUAGUGUUCAGCCCUGCGUGCUUUUCGCAGGGGUGCCCUUGGCCUGGUGCCCGAGCUGCGGGGAACCUCCAGGGUCUGGGGAAGGGGGCAGGCAGGCGCGGGCCCCGUGCAGCCCCUGUAACGCCGCUGGGGUUCUGUAUCGCUGCUUCGUGUGUUAUUUUAAAGGACUAAUGUGUAUUUACGGUGUCAUAGGAAAAUGUAACGAACUUACCAAGCGCGUAGGAAGAAAAAAAAAAAAAGUGCAAUAACGAGAAUGACCGAAUAAACCGAUUUUGUAUGUGGA